AGACUGCAUACCUGCCAGAGAUUUUCUCGUUUAUUUACUUUAAUCUAGAAAUUUUUUUCUCGGAAUAUUUCCGAGAAAAUAAGUAAUUUCCUGCAACCUGGUCGGGUUUGGAUUGAGGACUUUAAUUUUGAAAAACUCUGUUACUAAAGCUGGAAGCGGAAGUGAAAGAAGGAUCAUGGCGUGGUUGGCGGCGUUCUUACUCUAAUAGAGGUACUGUUUAACUGAUCGAGGAAACUAUUUAACAUUAAGGCAAAUUAGCUGAUGUGCAUUCGGUGUCUGGAUGCAAUGAGCUUGGAUUUGCGGUGAUUGGAGGUCGGUGACAGAUGCUAAGUGUUGAAGGCUAUGGACGAAACGGUGGCAGACAGCUCCUUUGCCUCACAGCCGGACAGCCCUGGAAGUCUGAACCAAGCUUGUCUCCUCAGCUCCAGUGACUUCCUCUGUCAUGACCUCAGUCCUGUCAUCGUCCCUGAAACACCGAGUCCACAACUCGGUAAGCGGAGGAGACAAGGUCGUAUCAUAGAGGAGAACUUCAGAUCUGUGGCAGUCCUGAGCCCUCCAGUCAAACCAGAACAAUCCCUCAGUCCCGAACCCACCUUUCAACACAUAUCAAAACGCAGGAGGCUGGCUAGAGGAAGGGAACGACAGAAUGACAGCUUUGUUCCAGCUUCGUCUCUAACCGUCUUUUCUCUGGACGACUGUCAUGAGGCCCCACAGCCUACUCCGUCCUCUUCAUCCUCCUUUUCCUCUUCUUCAUCCUCCCACCUUACAGCAGCACCAGUCUCUGCAGAGGAGGAGGUUGUUUUUACUGUGGCAGGCUCCUCAGUAGAGACCGGUCCUGCCAGUCAUGGAGGAAGGACGAAGCAGAGGUCAAAGGCAUCGGCCGCUAUGGCCUCUCGCUCCAUGUCCCACCAACCAAGUACCAACUCUCUGUUUUUCCUCACUACAGAGGAAAGGGAAUGGCUGAACACUGAACAAGCACUCACAUCAGCAGAUCCACCACAGAUUAUCAUCAGCGAUGAUGAAGAGGCCUUUGUGCGUUCAGUGCAGAUGGAGGAAGAUGAGGCACUGGCCCGACGUCUGCAGGAGGAGUUUGAACAAGAGGAAGCAGAAUCCAGCAGACAACGUCAUCAUCAUCAACAUCAUCAUCUUCACCACUACCAGAACUACUACAGGUACAAUUCAUACACGGAGCCCAGCUGGAUGCCCGAUUGGCUGCCUUCUCCUUUGGUUGGUCUGGAAGAUGUGAUUGGCGGUCGCAGAAGACGUGGGCGCAGCAGGAGGGCAAACGCCCUGCCCGACCUUACAAUCAACCUUCAGGGAAAUGACUAUGAGGCUCUUUUGGAGUUUGAGGAGCGCCAAGGAGCCGUUGUGACCAAGAAGACACUGAGUAGGAGGGAGAUUCAGAGAUUUCCCACCAAAACAUACCAGUCAGCCCACAGUGCUGGGAAGACGCAGUGUCAAAUCUGUUUCUGUGACUACAUGGAUGGGGAGAAACUCAGGAUGCUGCCUUGUUUCCAUGACUACCAUGUCCAAUGUAUUGACCGCUGGUUACAGGAGAACUCCACUUGUCCAAUCUGCCGAGCCAACAUGGCUGACAGCAGCUCUCUGGAAGAUCACCACAACCUCUGACCUCUGACCUCAACACCUCCCCACUGUAGUAGCUGAGAAGUUUCCAUUGGUUUGUGGUCACAUCAUGUCAGUAUUGAGUUCUGCUGUUUUAAAGACUGUUUUACUUACUGUGUGGUUUAGAUCAACUCAUUAGCUGACAACUGUAUUUCUGUAAUACAAUUUUAUUUAAAAUUGUCAGCUACUGAAGUCACUCUGUGAAUAAAACAACCUAAAGCUGCUAUUUUUUGUCCUUCCUGUAUUUUCUUUCAAAAUAAAUAUUUUCUAAACCCUUUUUCAAA